UUAUUCAUACACACAAUCAAGAAGUACCCCAUUCUUAUUCUCCUUAGUUCUUCCUUCGAUUCUUUUAGAAAUUCCACUGAAGUUCUUAAUUCUUCAUUACAAAAACAAUGAAAAGUACUCCCCAAGAUUCAAAAACAAGGAGAAAGCGUGAUCAUUCCGCUGCUACGGGAUACAACAAGGAGGCUGAGGAUGAAUAUUAUCUGAAAAAGAUCCAGGAAUUAGUAAACCAAAAGAUGAAGUUGUUAGCAGAGCAACAAGAAAAAGACUCCAAGAAGACAUUGAAGCCUCCCACUGCGAAGACAAAAACGAACAGUAAGCGAAAGGUGAGCACUCGGAGGUUGAAGAAUUUCAUCACGACUGUCAUGAAUGGCAAAGAUAUGACACUCGUCAUCAACAAAAAAUUGUAUGAAAGCGAUCUUUUGGAAAGUCAGAACAGGUUGAGUAUGCCGAUGAAACAACUGAAAACGGAUGAGUUCUUGACAGAAAACGAGAAACAAGAUCUGGAGAAUGGAAAGGAGUUUGAGGUGGGAUUAUUGGGGCCAACAUUGCGAUUGCAUCAGAAACCAAUGGUGAUGAAGAUGUGGCGAUUGAAAAGCACAGGCAGACGCAGUUAUGUGUUGAAGACUAACUGGAAUGAGUUUGUGAAAGAGAACGAGAAGGAAAUGAAGCGACAUUCAAAGAUUCAGGUCUGGUCUUUUCGUAAAGACAACCGACUGUUCUUUGCUCUUUCAUGCGUAUAGAGAGUUUUUAGUUCAAAUGUUUAUAUUUGAUUGAUCGAGAGAAGAAUUAUCGGAAGUUGUAUAUGGAUUUAACAAUUGAAUUUUGAUAUCAGAUUUCAAAAAACCCUAAA